AAGGCCUGCACACACCUGUGCAAUCAGUCUCCUGGCCAUUCCCAAAACCUGGUCCCAGGAUUGGAGAUUUCAUCCCUCCCAGAUCUCUUUGAAAUCUCCAGGCUCCAGAUCCCAAAACAGACUUUACAAACAAAGGAGGAAAGUGAAAAGCCACUUUCCUCCGUAUCAAACACAUACCCUGGAGCCCCUCAACCUGCCUUGUUGAGAAUCCAGGGUGACAGAUCGCCACACUGUCACAACACACACACACACACACACACACGCGUACCUCAGUUUACGAAUUUAAUG